CACGCGCAUUUCUUUCUCCAGUGCGUUCGCCAUAGAAAACAAAGCUAUCUGUGCGCGUCCAAUACAGCUAACGGGGAAAACACAGCACAGCUCUCUCUCUCUCUGCAUGUUCACCCAAGAUGGGUUUGCUGCUCAUCUGAGGGCCUUUGAUCGCGGGCCUGUUUUGACAGUCAGCUGAAGUCGUUUUUUUUCCCCGGACCGCUUUUGUUGCUUAGCCACGGCGAGCAGCAAAGCCACAAUCAUUGUCCUUUCUGCUGCGAGCUGCCGAGGGGAAACACAUCGCCAUGUUGUUAUCGGAGCGGGCUCAUUAAAUAAGGCGAAACCGUGAGCGUGUGGAGGAGAUAAUCUCGUCGUUUGAGCCGAACCGAACCUGAGUCCUUAACCGCCGCCUGCCUGCCUCACUGACUGACUGACAUGGCGGAGCAGAGCUACUCCUGGGCAUACUCCCUGGUCGACUCCAGCCAGGUGUCAACCUUCCUCAUCUCCAUCCUCCUCAUCGUGUAUGGCAGCUUCAGGUCAUUAAAUAUGGACUGUGAGAACCAGGAGAAGGACAAGGAUGGCAACCCAACCAACACUGGAUCCUUCAACAAUGGCAACUCCAACAACAGUAUUCAGACCAUAGACUCAACACAGGCAUUGUUCCUGCCCAUCGGGGCCUCUGUGUCUCUGCUCGUCAUGUUUUUCUUCUUCGACUCGGUCCAGGUGGUGUUCACCAUAUGCACUGCAGUUCUAGCGACCAUUGCGUUUGCAUUCCUUCUGCUGCCGAUGUGUCAGUAUCUGACCAGACCGUGCUCUCCACAGAACAAGAUUUCGUUUGGCUGCUGUGGCCGCUUCACAUUGGCAGAGUUGCUCUCCUUCUCACUGUCUGUCAUGCUGGUUCUCAUAUGGGUGCUGACGGGGCACUGGCUGCUCAUGGACGCUCUUGCCAUGGGUCUCUGUGUGGCCAUGAUUGCCUUUGUGCGGCUGCCUAGUCUCAAGGUGUCAUGCCUCCUGCUGUCAGGCCUGCUCAUCUAUGACGUCUUCUGGGUCUUCUUCUCCGCCUACAUCUUCAACAGCAAUGUGAUGGUAAAGGUGGCUACACAGCCUGCUGACAACCCCCUCGACGUUCUCUCGCGCAAACUGCAUCUGGGACCCGGCAUGGGACGGGACGUCCCGCGGCUCUCUCUGCCCGGCAAGCUGGUAUUCCCAAGUUCCACCGGUAGUCACUUCUCCAUGCUAGGCAUUGGCGACAUCGUCAUGCCGGGACUGCUGCUGUGUUUCGUGCUCCGAUACGACAACUAUAAGAAACAGGCUACAGGAGAAGUUCCAGGCACUGUCAACGUGUCCGGUCGCAUGCAGCGGGUUUCCUACUUCCACUGCACCCUCAUUGGUUACUUUGUUGGUCUGCUGACAGCGACUGUGGCCUCUCGUAUUCACCGUGCAGCUCAGCCUGCCCUCCUGUACCUGGUGCCCUUCACCCUGCUGCCUCUGCUCACCAUGGCCUACCUGAAGGGGGACCUACGGCGCAUGUGGUCGGAGCCAUUCCACUCCAAGGCCAGCAGCUCACGUUUCCUGGAGGUAUGAUGCUGCUCCAACCAGCACAGAUUCUGCGCCCUACCCACCUAUCAGAGAGAGAGUUCGAAGAGAGGAACUAAACUCGUCAUCCCUCAUUCCUGUUGUUAUCAGCCAGCCAGCGGAUGAACAGCCGUAUGCGGACUUCACUGCCAGAAGGAUUGAAGCGCUCCACACGUCUCUAUAUUCCUCAUUCCUUACGUUCUAUAAAUCCUGUGUCCUGAUCCACAACUGGCUAUUCAAAUCCUGUCUUUUUCCUCUUCCUCUUUUGUUUCUCAGCUCCAUUCCAUCUUCAAGCUCGUCAAUACAUCUUUCAUAAAGGAACAUUUCACCCAAAAUGUUUAAUUCUGUUAUCUGUCAACCCGUAUUAGGUUUGGAACAAUGUGAGGUUGAGUAAAUGAUGGCAGCAUGUUAAUUUAUGAGUGAACUAUCCCUUUAAACUCUCUCUUUUCCUUUUUUGCCAAUCACCACUUCCAUUCUACAGAACUUAACCACACUUUACCAGAUCGGGUGUUUUUGGAUGUGACCAGAGCCUCUUUGAGCUCCAAGUGUGUUUCCAUUUUUGCCGUCCGGCACCAUUAUGGAUUUACAGACUGAGACUUUUUUUUUACUUCUCUAAACGAACCGUGGAUGAGGAACAUAGAGUCCGCCACAAUUGUGGGAUGACGAUGACCCUAUAAGGGACCAGCACACAGUAGAGGACAGUGAUGUAUUUUACCCUUUACUUCAUUUUCUCUUUCUCUUUCCCCUUCUAAUAAAUCCCCCACCCCGCAUCCAUCCCUGUCUCUCCUCCCAACAAUCUCCCCACCUCCUUUGCAGAUACAUGUAUUUUAUUUAGAAAGAUUUUAUUCUUGGCAUAUACAGAAAUUAUGCAUUAUAAAUUGUAGGGGUGUACAGCUCUAUGUAUAUAUGUGUACACGUGUAUUAGGUUUAUCAUGUUGAGGUGCAAGUGUGUGAAUGAGGGCAACAAUGUGUUUAAGGAGGAACUAUGUCAUUUUUCAUUGCUUUUAGAUCUCGAUGGAGUCGUAGCCAAAUGAAAUGACACAUGGCACAUGAUGGGAAAUGUUUUUGUUUGGGUCUUUCAAUCCACUUAGGUCACUUUUUUGCCUAAUGUACACAUCCUUUUCCAUGAGAGACAGUGGUUCAAAAGGGCCAAUGUGUGUACAGCUUGAUCAUUUAAAAGAAGUGUUUGUGUGUGUUUGAUUGUGAUUGUGUAGAUGUAUGAAUGGGGUCUUGAUGGGCUAUUAACAGGACAGUUCAUCCAAAAUGAAAAUCAUAUACUCAACAUGUUGCUCCAAACCCGUAUGAUUUUCUUUCUUCUGUGGAACACAAAAGGAGAUGUUUGACUAAAUGUUUGUCAUAGUCACUUUCAAUUUUAUUGCAAUUUUUUUGCAUGCGUGAUUGAGACUAAUGUUCUCUAUUUGUGUUCAGCAGAAGGAAAUGGCCUGUCCUAUUUUAUUCCAAUAUCAAAAGAAACAAAUAAGAAAUUAUAUUUUGCAGAUAGAAAAUGUAGCCUGUUUUUAGGGCCUUUUAAGAUUUUUUUUAUUGUGUUUUGUGACAUUAUUUCCAUGAUGCUUGCACUCAUUUUAACCCCAAAAAGUUAUUUAUAAGAUUCCCUUUACCGCAACAUGAAAAACUGUGUUUAGACAUCAUAGUAGUACUCCCUUGUAAUGAAAUACAAUAACAAUGUCUGUUACAGUAAUGAGAACAAUCAUUACCGUUGGGAAUAGUAAAAGUAAUCCGAACACGUUGAGGUGUAAAAAAAAAUGGGGUGGGGGGGGUCCUGAAUAUAAUGUCACAUUUUAUACAAAAUAUAAUUUCAAAUUUGUUUUAUGAUUUGGGGUUAAAUGUGUCGACUGAUUUCGUGUUGUUGAAAAUAAUGCAUUUUGCUGGCUCAGUCUGUUGAGGUUAGCUUUUUUUUUUUUACCUGUUUUUUAAUCUGUUUGUCGUCUGGCCUUGCAUGUCAAUUGUACAGACUGUCAUUCUUCAAAGCUGUGUUUCCAGGGCAACCGCGAUUGUGCGAAACUCUGAGACGCAGGAUUGUGAACGAAGAGUCACACAAGAGAAUUAAUAUAACAGGAGAAAGGCAGAGGGGCAAAGAGACUGGACCGCUUUUAGACACAAACACUGGCAACAUGUUGCCUGAAUAUUCAGUAUAAACGUGUGCCUGUUGGAAGUGGGAUUUGCUUAACCUGAGCAUCAUGGACAUCUUGGCCACAAACCUACACUCUUUCCCUCUGCCACCCUUAUAGACAUUACAAGAAAGAAGAGAACAAUAUAAAUGACGAUCAUAGUGAUUGCAUUGAAAAUAAACACAAAUGUUUGUUGUUUUUUAUGGAAGAUUGCCUUUUUUCUCAUCCCAUUCUGUAACAUUUUUCCCCACCUUUUUCCCCCACCAUUUUGUACUUUUUCCUCUCGCCAUCAUCCUCCCUGCCAGCAGAGGGCGCUUAGCUCUGUUGAGCUCUCAAUAUUAACAGCCAAAAGGAUUCUGUAUAAAAACUUGAAUAAAUAAAUUAAAAAGUGUAGUGAAACGUGGAUCCAAAUGAGCUGUUUUGAAAAUAUUUCAGCUCUCCUAACCUUCCCUUUAUUCUCCUUAGUCAGGAUUCCGCUGUAAAUAAACAUGAC